AUGUUGGGUUUUUUCGGCCCAUUCUACGAGCGAUUAGUUGGAACUCUGCGAAAGCAGCAGAACCAAUUAGCUUAUGAUCGGAUUGAUCAGAUAAACGCAUGGUUCACCCCAAUUGUGCUUGCGGGUUUAACAUUUGCUAUCUCUUGCAAACAAUACUUCGGACAACCAUUGAAAUGUUGGACUCCUCGAGAAUUUUCAGGAAGUUGGGAUAACUAUGUUCAUGAUUUCUGCUUUAUCGAAAAUACAUAUUUUGUCCCAAAUGGUACUGAAAUCACAGAUCAAGUUCGUGGAGAUCGACAAAUCAACUACUACCGAUGGGUUCCUUUGGUGCUGUUAAUUCAGGCUGCGAUGUUCGUAUUGCCGUACAAUAUUUGGAAUUUGCUUCACAAAAGAACAGAGAUUAACUUGAAAUAUUCACUUCGUUACUUCUCUGAUAGACUCAAGAAAACCGAGCAAAGCAAAGCAUGUGAAGCAUUCGCUGAUGAACUCUGGCAAAAGUUGCUCAAUUUGCGUAGAGAGAGAAAAAAUUUUGCAUCCUCUGCUGCCACCACUAUGUACGUCCUGUUGAAGCUUUCCUACAUUGUAAUUGCCUUCGUUCAACUUUAUUUGCUUCGUGUUUUCCUCGACGUCCAAGAUUACUUCUGGGGAUUUGUGCAUUUGUUGAAAGUUGAUUUCAAGGGUACUGCCGAACACGAAGAUAGUAUUUUUCCGAGAGUGGUGCUCUGCGAUUUCACUGUGAGAAAUCUUGGACAAGCCCAACGUCACACCGUUUCUUGCGUCAUGAUUCUCAACAUGAUCAAUGAGAAGCUCUACAUUUGCUUGUACUUCUGGCUACUCUUCAUGAUUUUUGUUACAUUCGUCAGCUUGAUGUAUUUUUGCAUCAACCUCUUCUUUAGAAGAAAUCGUUUGGUUCCAACCAAUUUGAACAAUAAGGCAGGAAUGAAUCCAACAAAAUCGCGUAAAUUUAUUCGCGACUACUUACGUCUUGAUGGUGUUUUGUUGCUGACCUUCGUUGAUGGACAAUUCGGUGCUUUCCGCACUUCUCAAGUCAUUGAUUAUCUCUUGGAUCGAUUCCACGCUGAUCAGCAGCCUGACUCUUCCGCGAUGACAUCGCUUCAUGAUGAACCAAUGCACGAGCGUUAUGUCGCCUUCAACACGGAAACGCUUCCUGCGGACCACAGACGUAACAACGCAAGCCACAAGCUCAUCGAUGAAGUUGAUGGUGCAACUGCACCACCAGCCCCAACAAUUGAAAGAAAGAACAUUGAUCUCACUCCAUUGAAGAAGGCUAAUGUUCCAAUUAUCUUCAUCGUUGGAGGACCAGGAUCCGGAAAAGGAACCCAAUGCGACAAGAUUGUUGCCGAUUAUGGGCUCACUCAUCUUUCCUCUGGAGAUUUGCUCCGCGCCGAGGUGAAAUCUGGAUCUCCACUUGGAUCUCAGUUGACUUCCAUCAUGGAGUCUGGAGCUCUCGUUCCAUUGGAAGUUGUUCUCGAUUUGGUCAAAGAAGCUAUGCUCAAGGCUCUUGAGAAAGGAAGCCGCGGGUUUUUGAUUGACGGAUACCCAAGAGAAGUUGCUCAAGGAGAGCAAUUCGAAAGAGAGAUCCAAGAAGCCAAGAUGGUUAUCUUCUUCGAUGUCGCUGAAGAAACUCUUGUUAAGAGACUUUUGCACCGCGCCCAGACUAGCGGACGCGCUGAUGAUAACAUCGACACCAUUCGCAAACGUCUUCAUACAUUUGUAACCGCAACUCAACCAGUAGUUGAUUACUAUGAUAAGAAGGGCAAACUUGUUAAGAUCAAUGCUGAAGGAACUGUCGACAGCAUUUAUGCUAUUGUUUCGGAGAAUUUGAACAAGAUCACCUCAAAGAUCUAA